AUGAAUUCAACAACGAUCUCCCCAGACACGUCGCCGACAUUUUCUUCUAGGGAGAGUUCUACGCCUCCAAAUCCUCACUCGGAUUAUCACUCUCCAGAUCAUAUUCCUAAAUCUCCACGUUCACCUUCACCUUCUUCCUAUCUUAGUUCCCUUCCUUUGCCAACUGAUCCGUCUCUUAUUUCUCUAACUCAGCCAACGAAGUUGAUAAGCGUUAGUGAAUUCUUGGAAAAUUGCAUGAGAACAUUAGAAGCAGAGACCGAGAUCAGCGCGGAAGAAGGGAGCAUGGGAAAGACUGGCGGUAGGGGAACAGAAAGAGAUGGAUAUGAUUUGAGAGAGAGAAGAGAAGUUCAUGUGGGGAAUACAAUUGUAAGUGGAAAUCAGGAAGAUCGAUGCUCGGUCCAGGAACAUUUGAAAACCUCAACCAGUUUCUUUGCCGAUGCCACAUUGUUUUAUCUCCUGCGUGAACAUCAUUCUUUACAUGACGACGAUGUUGGACAAUCUGGGCAGUCUGAAGAUCAAAUGGCCAACAAUACAACUUUGUCUUCGAUAGGCAGCCUCCGGAAACGGUUACGAGAUGGAGGGGGUGAAAGGGAAGGCAACGAGAGGCGAAAGGAGAAAAAACUUAAACGAAUUCCGCCUGCCAUUGCUGUUGUGACUGGUGGCAUGAGGAGUGAAAACAAUUUGGGGAGCAUGUCUACAAAUGAAAGCGCAUCUACGUCUGUCUGUGUCCCAACAGCUGCCACAACCAAUAUUUCUACUUUCUCACCAACCAUGUUGGGACAAUCCCGCGCGAUCGCCUACGCGAAUUCUUCCACUUCUCUCGGUUCACUUGUCUUGCCUCCGUUAAACUCAACCGCCGACAGCAAUACGAAUGUCGGUGAAGAAGGGACGGUUUCGACGCCUACAAAUGUUGGAAAUCGGGUUGCGGAUGAUCGGAGGGGAAUGACUGUGAAUAAUAGUACGAAUGGGGCUAUAACCACAAUCACAUCUGGCCCCACACGACCCAAACCCACUAGUCUAGAGUUGCAAUUCUGGGAAAUGGCUGGGAUGUUGGAUAACAGUAUAUUGGCUAGUUUGAAAGAGGAAAAUAGAGUAAAGCUUGAAAAAAAACGACCUGAUUUGAAUUUUGUGUCAACUGAGAAGGCUCGCAUAUCAACACAUCAAACUUCGCCGAUAACGAAACCCGAAGUAGUACUCUCUGCCGCAUUCUACGAUCAUCAUAGUCCAGCUUCGCGCAUGCAAGAAUUUCUCGUACUUGGUAGUCAACCGUUAGCUGCUCUCAAAGAUGCUUUUUAUUGUUUAAAAGAUUUUUAUUCGGCUGAAACUGAGAAAUCCGCUUCCAGCUAUUUCUUAAUCGAAAACACGUUUUACAAUGACCUUCGAGACGAGGGCCUUCAAGACUAUAGCAAAAUAAUAAUAGAUUGGCUGAGCCGUCAGAGCGAAGAAACCAAAGCAAAACUGGGCCCAUAUCGGAGUAAAACAAUGCACGAAACUAAAUUCGAUGAAUUGACAAUAAGAUUGAAUCAACCAUAUUUGUUCUGUCAUCGGGGCAAUUGUCAGCAUGCUUUAAUAUUUAGGGAUUUGCGUUUAUUACAUGAUGGGGACGAGCAAGAUUACAAUGCAUAUCCCAAGGCUGUCUUUCGUUGUAAGAUUUCGAGGAGUAAAUGCAGAAUGUGUCUCCAACGACCGGCUCAAUUUACUACAUUGAAUGACUACUUGUCCGGCGAAUGUCCAGCCUAUUUCUGUGAGACAUGUUAUAAUCAAUUUCAUUAUGACGAAAACGGGACCCUGCUCUAUGACAGUUUCCAGGUCUUCCCAUACGUACACGAAUAA